GCUCUCUCUCUCUCUCACUCUCUCUCUCUCUCUCUUCUGCCUUUUUUUUACCAAUUGCCUCCUACUAAAUACGGGGCAAAAGAUUGCAAGAUAUGGGGAUCAGUCAACAAUUAUUCAAAAUUUAGUUACUUGAAGACUGUUAAAGAAAUCCUCUCUGACUCGUUAUUCAGUAGGCUGAAAACUACUUAUCUUGGCCUGAUCAUCAAAGUGGGUUUAAGAAAAGCAGGUGGUAAUCAAAAUGGUGAUGGCUUGAGUUUUUCUGGGCAGCUGGUUCACUUUCUGGUAGUAAGACAGUUUGUGUCGUCAAGGGAUGACGAGAUUGAGUUUCAUCUUGUCAUUGAAUUACCAUGCUGGAUAAAAGAAGAUGAAGUCCCAAUAGAUUUUGAAUGUGAUUGGCCUUUAUUGUUGCCUGACAAACGCUACAGGGUGGAUGAUUUGAUUGCACAAUUGAAUGUCUUGGGUGAGGAUGAUGAGGAAAGCAAGCUACGGCUUGCUAUGUUGAUUGUUGUUUUGACCAUCUUCAUGUUGCCAUAUGGCAUUACAAAGUAUUCGAUUCCGAAGGAGUAUUUGGUCAUUGCGAAAAAGAAUAUCCAUGUGUAUCUCUGGGGAAAAGUCUCAUUUGAUAUGCUGGUGUCGUCGGUAAAAUCUUUUACCGUUGAAAAUUUUAAGAAGAUUGUUCUUAAAGGGUUUUCCAUGGCAUUGCAUCUAUGGAUGUUGGCAUCUGUGUCAGAAUUAGAAGAGACUUAUGCUCGGCCCGAUAAUAAAUCAGAUCGUUUUCCUGUUUGUGCGAGGUAUUUAUCUACUGUUCAGCCUUCUUAUGAUCAAAUCAUGAGUAAGGAAGAAGAUCUUAAGGUAAUCAGUGUUCUUGGUGAUUCAAAUGAAGAAGAAGAUGAUGAUGAUCUUAUGCACUUGUUGAAGAGUGGUUAUGUAUUCUCUGAGUUAGAUUGUAAGAGAGCACUGUAUUACACACUACACCACCCAAAAAAACUCGAUACGGACGCAUGGCUUAACCAAGAAAAAUAUACUCUCCCAGUGGACAUGCGAAGAAAUCUCAAAGGCACUGAAGAAAACAUCAUUGGAAACUCA